CUCAGCCAAUUUUCGGCUAGGGCUGCAGGCUUUAAAAAACUGGCAACACAGACCCAUUCUUGCGGGGCAGUGGAACAGUGUGGGCAUCAUGAAGAGGAGCCUCGAUUUGACAGAAGACAAAACCGAGAAGAAAAAGGUCAGCAUGGGGGAGGUGAAUCCCUACACCCAAAAGCUCUAUAGCGAGAAGUAUUACUCAAUCCUUGAGAAGAGGAAGCAGCUUCCCGUGUGGGAGAAACGGCAAGAAUUCAUGGACAUCUUUCUCAAGAAUCAGAUCCUCGUCCUUCAGGGAGAAACGGGCUCAGGCAAAACGACACAGGCACGUACGCAGUUUUGGCAAUCGUUCAGAAACCAUGGAAUACUCCGAAGGAGCGAGGGAUGUUAACGUACUUUGUUUGUGUACGCCCAUUAUUUCUCUGCUUUCGGCACUCGGCAGAUUCCGCAGCUUGUCGUCGAGUCGGACGUCUGCAAGGGCCGCCUCGUCGCCUGCACGCAGCCCAGGCGAGUCGCGGCCAUGAGCAUAGCUAAGCGCGUCAGCGAGGAGAUGGAGGUCGCGCUGGGAGAAGAAGUGGGGUAUUCUAUUCGAUUCGAAGAUUGCUGUUCGGAGAAGACGAUUCUUAAGUACCUCACUGACGGCAUGCUGCUGAGGGAGGCCAUGACGGACCCGUUGCUUUCCAUGUAUGGCUGCAUCAUCAUCGACGAAGCGCACGAGCGCACGAUAUCCACGGACGUGCUCUUCGGGCUGCUGAAGCAGAUCGUCGUCAAGCGGCCGGAUUUGAAGUUGAUAAUCAUGUCCGCGACUCUGGACGUCCAGCAGUUCAAGGACUACUUCGACGACGUGCCGAUACUGAAGAUUCCCGGUCGCAUGUUCCCGGUCGAAAUUUUUUACUCUCCGAACCAGGUCGAAGAUUACCUGGUCAGCUCUAUUGCUGCCGUGAUGCAGAUACACGCAAACGAGAUGCCGGGAGACAUUCUUUUGUUCCUGAACGGAGAAGAGGAAAUCGAAGAGGCUUGUCGCCAAAUUACCGCAGAAGCAGAACUGUUCGGAAACAAAAUUCCGCCGCUCGUCUCUAUUCCGCUCUACUCUUCUUUGCCGCCCGCCCAGCAGCAGCGCAUCUUCGAGCCGCCGCCACCGCCCCUGUACCAGGGCGGCGCGCCGGGGAGGAAGGUGAUCGUGUCGACGAACAUCGCAGAAACCAGUUUGACCAUUAACGGCAUCAUCUACGUCAUUGAUCCGGGAUUCGCCAAGCAAAAGGUCUACAGCCCUCGCACCUGCGUCGAAAGCCUGCUGGUCACGCCCAUAUCUCGCGCCAGCGCCCAGCAGCGCGCCGGACGCGCCGGACGCACGCAGCCCGGCAAGGCAUUCCGACUGUACACCGAAAAAGCCUUCAAGGAACUCAUUCCUCAGACCCACCCAGAAAUCCUGAGGUCAAACCUGAGCUCCGUCGUCCUACAACUGAAGAAGCUGGGCGUGGACGACUUGGUGCACUUCGACUUCAUGGACCCCCCACCACCAGAGACUCUGAUGCGAGCGCUCGAAAUGCUAAACUACCUCGGCGCGCUCGACGACGAGGGCAACCUAACCGAGCUAGGCGUGUCCAUGGCGGAGUUCCCGCUAGACCCCCAACUCUCAAAAAUGCUCAUCGAAUCUCCGAAAUACCACUGCUCUAACGAGAUUCUCACCCUCGCCGCGCUCCUGUCCACGCCUAACAUCUACGUUCGCCCAAAGGAAGCGCAGGAAGCCGCCGACCUCGCGAAGUCCCAGUUCGCGGACUCCACCGGGGACCACCUCACCCUCCUAAACACCUUCAACGCCUACAAAUACAACGGGGAAGACCGCAACUGGUGCUACGAAAACUACCUGAACUAUCGCUCCCUGCAGGCCGCCAGCAACGUCAGGACUCAACUGCUCAAAAUCAUGAAGCGCAUCAACAUCCCCAUCGUCUCGACCCCGUGGGAAAGCGACGACUACUCUGUCAACAUCAGAAAGUGCCUCAUCUCUGGGCUGUUCAUGAGAGUCGCCCACUUGGAACGAAACGCCUGCUACUCAACCGUGAAGGACAACCAAACCGUCUACAUCCACCUAGGAUCCUCUCUGUGCUCAAGGCCCGAGUGGGUCAUCUACAACGAAUUUGUACUGACGAGCAAAGAGUGGAUAAGAACGGUCUCUGAAAUCGACCCAAGGUGGCUCCUCGAAAUCGCGCCGCAAUACUUCGAUUUGAAAAACUUCCCUCCCUGCUCCAUGAGAGUCGAGCUGGAGCGCAUUCAAAUGCAGUGCAAGGCAAAACAAAAAUCCUGAACGCAUUCCUCGAAACGGGCGUCGAUUUCGCGAAAAUUCUUGUACCAACUAAAAAAAAGAAAAAAAUAAAAUAAUAAUAAUAAUAAUAAAAUUAGAGCACCUCUCUCUAAGCGCAG